AUGAAGACUUUGCUUCUUCCUGGAGAGGAUGUACUAGAGUCUGAGGGGUACAUAAGGGGCCAUGGAACACAGCUUAGAGGAAGCUGCAUAGCGUCGACCUACUUUGGAAGGCCCCGGAUUACCAACAAGCUUGUCACUGUUGAUCCUAUGUUUCCCCUGAAGUACAGUCCGGAGGUUGGAGAUGUUGUUGUGGGCAGGGUUAUUGGAAUCCAUAACAAGAAGUGGAAGAUGGAGCUGAACAGCAAGGCAGACGUCUACCUGGGGCUGUCUGCCAUCAACCUUCCCGGAACGGUUCAGCGCCGCAAGCAGGAGUCUGACGAGAUAUCCAUGAGGGACUUUUUUGAAAUCGAUGACCUGGUCGUAUCUGAGGUACAGAAGGUUGGCAGAAAUGGUGUUGCAGCGCUGCACACAAGGAGUGACAAGUACGGGAAACUUGGACCAGGGCUGCUGGUGUUUGUGCCCCACUUUCUACUAGAGCCCCUUAAAACCAGAUUUCUUUCGAACGGCAGCGUCGAAGUCAUUGUUGGAUGUAAUGGCUACAUCUGGGUUGGGAGAGGAUGCAAAGACUCCUCUACAUUUACAGAAAUAACCAGUGUUGUCUCUGGAAUAAAGGCGAUGGUAUCGCAAAACAAACGCGUCAAUGUGGAGAGAUUGCUUAAGAAAACACCGUGA